AUGAUGGGAAGUAGUACGGUCUUGAUAAGAAGCAGUUUCACAUGGAUACCCAUGUUACUCCUGCGGCCUAUGAUUGGGUAUAGGUUUUGUCGGGCGGCUCUCGCCAGCCCUAGUCUCUGCCGUAUGUGGGACCUGAACGUCAGUCUCCUGUCGAGGGUGACUCCCAGAUGUUGUGAAAAAUGUCAAAUCCCAACAUAUUUUUUUAUAUUAUACACGUAUAAUUUUGUUGACAGGGAUAGAGAAUCUGCGAGCACAGUGGCUCUGGCUGGAAGCUUGCACCAGUCUGGAGGACAGCGUUUAGAGGUCCAGGCUGAUCUAGUGUCAGCGCAGCGUUUCAGCUUAAGCAGUCUCAGCGAAUCUGUCAACGCGAGCAUAGCCGAUGACACUGGUGCCAGCGUGAGGGCGUUGGCAGGAUCCAUGUUGAACUACAAGACUCCAGGCAGUGAUUCAUGCAGCUGUGUUACCACCGAAGACUGCAUAUCGGAGCGUGUUCGUUUCGACGACAACGUCAGCUUCAUAACCUCCUCCCAAGCUGAGAAAACUAGCAUCGGUAGCAGCUGCAGUUUCCGCGCAAGAUGCGCCACUAAGUCGGCCCUGUCGAAGAACGACAGGGUGAGCGACACGCUGAGCAACGACAGCGUCUACAUUGACAUCGACGAGAAGCAGCCGAGGAAAUAUUCUUCACAAGCCGCCAUUCUGCGCAGCCAGUUCUUCCAUUCUAUCAACGAUGGCAAGCCUACGACAAAGAGUCUCGACGACAAAACUAUCAUCGAGGUUUCGAACGAAACGUUGGACAAGCAGAGCCAGCCAUUGACGGUCGUCGAAUCGUCGCAGCAGGUCUUGUUAUCAUUUUAUAUACCUGAUUAG